GCCGCUUUCUUUGUGUGGCUCAAGUUCUAGAGAUGGCAUAUUUUCCUCCCCUUUGUUAAAAAGAAAAACCAGGCCGUCUCGCCCCCUUCCUCCCGCCGGAAUGGGAUCGGGGAGUGGGUGGGAGAGGGAUCUGCUGACCAGGGCAGGGGCGGAAAGGCUCAGAAGAGGGGCUGACGAGGGCCGGGUACGGGAGGGAUGCUGGGAGCUUUGACUCACUCGCACACCAUGUGUCCCUCCGCGCGCAGCACGGGGGACUUUUCGGUGGGGAUUUUGGGCGCCGACCAGACGCGGCAUUUUCGGAAAAUAGCGCCUUGUGCAGCUGAAGCGCUUUGUGUUUAGCUGGGCCGCGUCAGCCCGGCCGGGUACGAGGCGCCUCGGGUCCCCGAACCACCUCCUGCUGCUCCCCGGCCGCCGCUCCCGAAGCUUUUCCAGAUGUCCCUGGUAGAUUUGGGAAAGAAGCUUUUAGAAGCGGCUCGAGCAGGUCAAGAUGAUGAAGUUCGUAUUUUGAUGGCUAAUGGAGCUCCUUUUACUACAGACUGGCUUGGAACUUCUCCACUUCAUCUGGCAGCACAGUACGGACAUUAUUCCACCACAGAAGUACUACUCCGAGCCGGUGUAAGUAGGGAUGCCAGAACCAAAGUGGACCGAACACCGCUGCAUAUGGCAGCUUCUGAGGGCCAUGCCAGCAUAGUGGAGGUUUUGCUUAAGCAUGGCGCUGAUGUCAAUGCAAAGGACAUGUUGAAGAUGACAGCUCUACACUGGGCCACAGAACACAAUCAUCAAGAGGUGGUGGAACUCUUAAUCAAAUAUGGUGCUGAUGUACACACGCAAAGUAAAUUUUGUAAAACUGCGUUUGAUAUUUCAAUAGACAAUGGGAAUGAAGAUUUAGCAGAGAUACUACAGAUUGCUAUGCAGAACCAAAUCAACACAAACCCAGAGAGUCCCGACACUGUGACGAUACACGCUGCAACACCACAGUUUAUCAUUGGACCUGGAGGGGUGGUGAACCUAACAGGUCUGGUAUCUUCAGAAAAUUCAUCCAAGGCAACAGAUGAAACGGGUGUAUCUGCUGUUCAAUUUGGAAACUCCUCUACAUCAGUAUUAGCUACAUUAGCUGCCUUAGCUGAAGCAUCUGCUCCAUUGUCCAAUUCUUCAGAAACUCCAGUAGUGGCUACGGAGGAAGUAGUUACUGCAGAAUCUGUGGAUGGUGCAAUUCAGCAAGUAGUUAGUUCAGGGGGUCAGCAAGUCAUCACAAUAGUUACAGAUGGAAUUCAGCUUGGAAAUUUGCACUCCAUUCCAACCAGUGGAAUAGGUCAGCCCAUCAUUGUGACCAUGCCAGAUGGACAACAAGUAUUAACAGUACCAGCAACAGACAUUGCUGAAGAAACUGUUAUAAGUGAAGAACCACCAGCCAAGAGACAAUGUAUUGAAAUAAUUGAAAACCGGGUGGAGUCUGCAGAAAUAGAAGAGAGAGAAGCUCUUCAGAAACAGCUGGAUGAAGCUAAUCGAGAAGCACAAAAAUAUCGACAGCAACUUCUAAAGAAAGAACAGGAAGCAGAGGCCUACAGACAGAAAUUAGAAGCUAUGACUCGUCUUCAGACUAAUAAAGAAGCUGUUUAAUUGAAAUGAACAUAUAGUUUGAGUUUACUUUUGGUCAAGAAAGAAUACAGUCUUGAACUGUACACAGUAAGGUGCAGUCAUGGGAAGACAGGAUAAUAAAAGAGACUGCAGCUUGAUAAUUGGACUUAAGCCAUGAGCUCUGGAUUCUUGUAACAUAAAACUUUACUCUAGAAGUUGUGAAAUGUAUUUAAAACUGAAUUCUGUAAAUAGUUUUUUUUUUUUACAGUUCCAAAUGCGUUGAUAAAGAUUGUUGAAGAGAUCCCAAAACACAAUAAGCCACUGUUUUUUGUGAAUUCUUUUUGAUUUUAGUACAAACCUUAAUUUCUCAGAAACAGAACAGUUUUAAGGGUGAUCGUUGUUGAUUAGACCAAAUGUUGUGUAAUAAUUAUGUGGUGGACUGAUGCUGGAAUUACUCCUGUAGGUAUAAACUUCUAUAUGAAGAGAAGAUUUCUCCCAGGAAAUCUUGUACAGCUUUAAGUUGUCUCAGAUUCUCUGAAAACAUUUUUUAGAAAGCAAAUUUUUAUAUUUGUUCAAUUUCAGCUAUACCCACGUAGAUUUACAUGUAUAUGAAGCAGAUAUUUUUAAAAAUUUCUGUUUGUACAUAUUCUGCAUGUUUUAUAAUUUCAAAAUGCAUCACUUGCAUAGGUAUUUUUCCCACAAAGAUGACGAAAGUUACUAGGAAAGAAAGAAACCCUUUUAUUCUAUAGGUCAUUGAAACUAAGUAAGCUAGCAGCUGGUUUUAUUGGAAUGACAAUGUUCUUGGAAGGAGCAGCUUACAAGAUACCUUGAAUUUGCAAACUGCAACAUCUAUGCUUUUUUGAAAAUUUCAUAGUGGGGAUGUGAAACAAUUCUGUGCCUUCCAUCAUGAUUUCCACAUGAAAGCACUUUAAGGCACUGGAUUUUAAUAUAAUGUUUUCAGAAAACUCAAAGCAUAUGGCUUUCUGAAAUAUUUCGUGGACUCAUUUCCUCCCCAGGAAAUAAUUCUUAUGAAAAAAAAAUUGCUUUUGUAUGGUAGAACAGGAACUUUUUGUACUACGGUGAUGCUAUAGAUAUGUCUGACAUAACUUUUACUUUCCCUGUGAAAGCUGUAUGUCUGUGCUGUGACUGGCUCUCAUCACAAUAUUGUUCAAUUCCACAAUGUAUGGACAUUAAACUCUGACAUAGUGUUCUUUCUUUUUUGUAAACAUAACUUCAAGUUCUUUUUCUUGUUUCAUUUUUAAAUGUUUUAUUGCUUUAUGAAAAUGUUUAACCCUAAGACCCUUCUAGAUUACCUAUACUGUAUAAAGAAGCAAUUACCCUUAAAACUGUACUCUGCCCUACUUUUCUAUUUUACAAUUAAAUAUCUUUUCCACAUA